AACAUAAACAAAUGAGAUUAUAGACGCGAAGGAAGCUAGAAUGUAGGAGUGCCUGACUCGUUGAGAUUGCUGUCUUGCAGAGCGGAGAACCGAAGUGAGUGAGCAGCUGUACUGCUUUUCAGAGAAAGCCAUGUUUUUCGUGUUUCCAUCGUCUUCCCUCUAGAAACGUGACAAACAGUGUACGUUAUGUACAUCUUAUUUUAGGAGAAGGAAGUAUCAAAAAGGCCAAUUCCGCCAGGUGGAAGCUGACUCUUUGGAACAAUUCACAGUAAAGUAGAAUAAUUCAUUCUUGGCGUCAUUCUUGAACGACCGGCAGUUGAUUAUAUAGUCCUUUUUUGAGUGCCGUAAUUCUGUAUAAUACAAAACCAAAAGUAGCCCAUUCAUUCAAGGAAUCUAUCUGGUAAUUUAUACCCAAAAGAGACGCUUUUAAAAGAACAUUUAACGAUAACGCGGCGUUGUGGUUUUGAAGCUAAAAGAGACACACAGCGAAUUAUCUGCGGCUAGUUCUUGUGCUUGAUGUCACAGCUUACACGAUCCUCAAAAGCGACGGACGCCCGUGAAACUGAAAAAACCUAGAAGAAACUCGCUGUUCUAUAAGAGCACGAAGAGGCAGGCGUGGAGAUAAGGGAAAAUUUGCGUUUUGUUCAAGAUCUCGAUAAAGACAGAUGUGAAUCUAAUGACUACAGCACAUGUAUAAGAAACAAGCCGGCCGAAACCAUGACAGAAAUGGCAAACAGAAUGCUACGACGCAAGUCGCAAGGAACGUGGUUUGUAGAAGGACCACUGGAACGCUGUAUGAAUGUCUUUGAUCUGACUGUACUUGGCCUUGGCGGUCUUAUAGACGCGGGAGUCUACGUUGUUAUCGGGCAGCUUGCGCUUACGUUAGCAGGGCCUGCUGUUAUCAUAUCUUUCCUUAUAGCAGCCGUUGCAGCAGCRUUUUCYGCUCUAUGUUACGCCGAAUUGUCAUCGCGUAUAACCAAAACAGGUUCCGCGUAUGUGUUUACGUACGUAAUCCUAGGUGAAAUAUGGGCAUUUUUGACCGGUUGGGCCAUGGUCGCGGAAUAUCUUGUAAACGCGGCGUCUAUGGCAAGAGCUUUUACUGGCUACAUUAAUUCGUUCACCGGAGACGCAAUGUACAUCGUGCUACGAGAUAAGCUCGGCUGGGGCGACACAGGCUUAUUUGGAAGUUUCCCCAACUUACCAGCUCUUGGUCUUGUCAUCUUGUCGGCGAUUAUCGUUGGUAUUGGUGUGCGYGAAUCGAAGACKUUCAUGGACGCAAUUAYGUCAAUCAACAUCGCSGCCCUCCUUUCAGCCUUGGUAGCAGGRAUUAUACUUUCAAACCCUGACAACUGGUCAAGCUUGGAGAAGUUUGCACCCCAUGGAUGGUCUGGUAUCUUAUUAGCAGCGCCUGGAUGUUUCUAUUGUCUGUCGGGUUUUGACGCCGUACCCACAGCCAGUGAAGARGCCCUUGACCCUCGCAGUGAUGUACCCAAAGGGAUAAUGCUUUCACUUGGUAUAGCAACCUUAGCUUACAUUGGUAUUAUUACAGUCAUGACUCUUAUGGUUCCYUACACGCAGCUCUCAUAUUACGCACCAGUUGCGGAGGCUUUUUGGUCACGUGGAUUCACCCCUGGUUACUAUAUCGUGUCAGUAGGUGCWUUAUGUGCUAUGUUUGGGAGUCUCCUAGCAACACUCUACGCUGUGACGCGAUUGUUUUACUCCAUCGCGUAUGAUGGGUUGAUAUCUACAUGUAUCGCWAAAGUAGGCGAGAAUCGCCAUGUACCYACAAGAUCCGUCAUAUGCACAGGUAUCUUGACAGGUCUGCUGGCUUUGUGCAUUGAGAUAAGUAUGCUURUCGAGUUGGUAUCAGUGGCAACUAUUACUACGUACACCAUGGUCUCCCUGUGCGUKAUCCUCUCUCGCUACCAGACCGAUAUCUCAAGCGUAUUUCUAGAUGGAUACAUCCACUCUCCGUCUGGUGUUACGGAYUGGCUGCAAAAUAAAUUCUUCCYCAUACGUAAAGAAAAGAAAAGGGGAAAAUCCAGAGCCUGGAAGAACUACCAAAAACUAGCUGAAAAAGACGAGCAACUGAGCGUUGGAAAUCCACCCACUAAGUUAACUCCAGAAACUCAAUUCUUUGCGAUGAUYGCUCUAGUUUUGAUUAUUCUUAGUUUAUUCGGGUUUUGGACGUGCUUAGAUAUUCUUAUUCAGAAUCAUGAAAACAUAGAUCCUGUGACAGUGUCGUUGACAAGURUUUAUGGUACUGUGGUGUUCAUUGCAGUGGUCUAUCUCUUUCAACUUCCAAGGAAUAAUGUYAARUUUCCAUUCAUGAUUCCCUUGGUGGUUCCYGUGUUCAGUAUUGUGAUCAACACGUUUAUUCUGGUCAGAAUCAAUUGGUUGUCCUAUCUGAUGUUCUGUACUUGGAUUGCAAUAGGUAUGAUAAUCUAUUUAUCGUACAGCUUUUCGCACAGCACCGAGUCUCACUCACAAGAAGAAACAUUGAUGGACUUUGCUGUCAUCCCAAUAGCACUCCCYACGGGAACUGAGGUGAUAAGCCCGAUUCAACGAAACCUAKCGCAAAAGAAUCCUUUGGCGUUUGAUGAUUACGACCCGGACGAAUGGGAAGAAUAUUAAAAACACUAUCGUGCUUUGCGUCUACUGUACGUUAUUGGYAACCAGCGCUGGCAAGCAGGAUUGGAUUGCUUUUGGUCUGUUCUGCUUUUGUGUCUCCUAAUUGCAUGACGUAAAGUGUGGACAGUGAACAAGUACUGGGACUGCGCAAUAAUUAUCAGGAGGGAGUAGGGGUGAGAA